CUGUCGUGUAAGCCGGUCUUCGUGUGAUUUCCAACAUGUGAUAAGCCUAAAUAGUAAUCGAUGUCUAGGAAAACACACAAGAAGAUAAUUUUAUAAUAUUUAGGUUAUGUAAUUUGUAGAUAAUCAACUCUGUGAUUUUUAGCAUUCAAGAAAACAGAACGGCGAUGUUGCAGCACUCUUGUAACCUGCGUGAGUAUGCUGUUGAGUGGUUUUACUGAACUUUUGAAUCUGCAUGGUCGAAUAUAAAUGUACUGAGCUUAUUAUUAUAACAUUUUGACGUUUUUCGUUCGCUUAUUGGGGUAUCUGGAUGUAUUAUUUUCGACAGAACGGCUGUUGUAUACUUCUUCUCCACAUUAUCGGUAAGUGGUAACUUUCGUGACGCAAUUGUAGGAACUUAUGUCAUAUGUAAAUUAUUGAAUCUGCAGUUCAAGAAAAUUAUACAGUCGCCAUUAAUUUUUAAAUCCGAGCUCAGGCAUCCACACGUGGAGAUUUAGGCAUCGGCCAUGUUGUAUGGUUGAUAUUCAAUGCUGUUUCGGACAGUAACUCCUUUGAAGUGAUUGCGUGCGUUACAUUGCCAAGCUCGAGUCCGAUUUGUGUGUUGAUCACGAUUAAUUAUUAAUCUUUCUGUUAGUUGUUUGUGCGGAGUGUCUCAACAGCAUUUGAACCCAUGAACUCUAAGAAUGUGACCUGGGGAGUUAUUUAGUAGCUGAAUUAUAUUCGUAACUGAAUACGCUAGAUGCUAAUGCUAAAACUACUCAAAGUAGAAGUUAAUCCAUGAGCCUAUUUUUACUUAAUCUGUUAGCUAAAAGUUUGGUAACAAUUUGUUUGGUUUCCUAACCCCUUCACUCCCAUAAUCUACAUAGUUAUUCUCCUAACUGUUUGUCAUUCAUCAACUAUGAUUUUAGAUCAAAAAAUUUGGUGGUUACUCAAACAUGGGCUCAUUACAAACCAACAUAAUGACCAGCUCCCAGCAAGCUUGAUACUGUAGCUCAGUUGGUAGAGCACUGCACUGUUAUUGCGAGGUCAUGGGUUCAACUAUUAUAUAGGCCUAAAUUUUUUCAGGCUUUAUUUUAACAACAGCUUAAUUAGUGUUCACCACUGUAAAGAUCACUUUUAUAUUCAUUCAUUAAUCUGCAGUUCACCUAAAGUAUAUGAUUUUCAUAUAAUGCCUCCUAUGGGAGAGAAGCUACAUAUUUUGUUGAGAUGAAUGAGUGAGUGAGUGUGAUAAUAGAAUUCCAGUCUUGACCCGGUUUUGACCCAAUUUUUCCUGGUGCUACUUUUUGCUUCUUUUGUAGUAUCUUAGUAGUUGGGCAUUCUCACAAAAUAUGCAGUUGAGUUCUUUUCUUUUGUGAUUUCUGGCAUAUAUCCACUAGUACAUUAAGUUUCCAGUUGUUGUGACACUUUGGAAGACAGCAGAAGAGGAUAGACAUCUCAUAAACUUUUCAGGAUUGAGAAUGACUUAAGUUAUAAUAAUUAUGGAUGUUGGGAGAAGAAAUUCAUGCAUGGUCACUCCUUGGAAUGAAUGGGUCAACUGUUUCAUCAUCAGGGUAUCAGUUCCCCCACAGGGAGCAGGGAAUGUAGUGGAAGGGGAAGGGUGAAAUCAUUACCACAAGAUGAUAGAAUUAACAAUCAGGUCUAGGGUGUCAAAGGUUAAGGUUACCAAGUACAAGUGUAGCAAUUGUUUGAAGCAAUGCUUGUUUCCUUUCUGUUUUAGACAUGCAUGUCAGUUGUCCAGUUAUGUCGCUUGCCAAAGAUAUGAUCAAGACUCAAAGCGCAAAUUUCCUUGCCACCGACAUUGUAAUCAUGCUGUUCCAUUCAGUCAUAGGAGUGUUGUUGGUUUCAAAAGUACUGUUCACAAUCAAUCUAUACCUGGAUUGUCAGCUCUUAGUGUAGAAUUGAACACUUUAAAGUGUGUACAAAGGGACAGACAGGUACAGAGUACAUGUUUCACUGGUGGACAUCAUCUACUUGCCUGGAUUAAGCCAUGUACAAACCAGGCAAAUUUGUCUCCCGUGAAAACCACAAUUAACAGAACAAUGUUUUGUGGAAAUGUUUUAAAUUUUAAACAUACAGGUCUCCUGUGUGGUCAUCAAAGACAGACAUUCCACACCAGCAGCAUAAGUUAUGAUCCCUUACCUAGCAAAGCAGGUAUAACAAAGCUGUUGGAAGAUGAAGAAAAAAAGUCCAAAGUAGAGGAGGCUGUGGAAGCUAUGAAAGAAAAGAAAGAAAAGCUGAAGGAGAAAGCUUUUCAAAUGGAAUGUAGCCCUGAAGAAAUCGAGCCAAUAGUUGCUGUUUCUCCAGCGCCAAAGAAGUCUCUGUGGCAGAGGGUUAAGCAAGAGGCUGUACAUUAUUAUCAUGGAUUUAAGCUUUUGUAUUUUGAAGUUAGAAUUGCUGCUCGUAGGUUAUGGCAGGUCAUGAAUGGAAAGGUGUUGUCCAGACGGGAAAGACGUCAGGUAACAAGAGUAUGACUAAAUUUGUAUUAAUUAAAAAGAAUAUUUUGAUAUUUAUCCUUUCAUAUAUAUUUACAUGGCUGUAUCUCUAACCCAAAUUCUGCAAACUUUUGAAACUAUUGAAACUUUUAGAAAAACAAUUUUAAGGGUGAAAACUAAGUCGAAGCUAACCAAGCUGUUUAAAUAAUUUUACAAGCAAGGCUUUGUUUAGGGCUGAGCUCAGACUGACUUGUUAGUAUUUACAUGUACUUUUUUUGUUUGUGUGCUUUGUACUAAGUAUUUUUGGAUUUUUACUGACUGGAGUUUUCAUCCUUUUCAUCAUUUAAAUUUUUUAGUUUCUUCGCACAGUGGCAGAUAUAUUUCGCUUGGUUCCAUUUUUGGUAUUUGUACUGAUUCCUUUCAUGGAGUUUAUGUUACCAGUUGCUGUUUACCUUUUUCCAAACAUGCUACCCAGUACAUUUGAGGACAAAUCCAAGAAGGUUUGAAAAUCAUACAAUUGUUAAUUACAGUAGAAACCCACAAACUCAAUCUCUGAAGGGAAACCAAAGUAGGGUUGGAGUUAGCAGGAGUUCAAGUUCUUGGGAAUGGUGUUGAAUUUCAAUUAUCUUGUUAAGGAUUAACAGGGAAUUAUGUUUUCACUAUUCUUGCUCAGUUCACAGGCAUUUUAACACAUUCAGUUCCUUUUAUAAGAGGUAACCCGCUAACUCCUAGAGGUGAUUAACAUGAAACUUCUCCCUACAAUUAUUAUUUAUUCAUUAUCUAGCAAACAGCUAAUUAGAGUAUUCAGACUUAUCAGGUCGGAGCUGCUAUCUUGAUCCAGCACCAAAUUCUCUUAACUAAUUUUCAAGGAAAUGUGUAGCAGUUAGAGGGGAGAAUUAACAAUCAGAUCUUGGGAGUUAAAGUUUAACCAAGUUUUAUGUUAGCAGGGCUUCACUGGACUAAUUAUCAGGAAUAGUAAGUUGUUUUUCCCCAUCCUUUUCACCAAAUUUACUCUAAGACAGCCAGCUUUUGUGAUUUUAAACAACUACAGGAGUGGUAUGUCUUCCCUUUGAGACAGAUUGGAUAAAAAACAAACUUUAAACUUGUGGCUAGUAGUAGAGUCAGCUGAUUUGAAGACUAUAAGUUACAGAAAGCAUUCUUCAGCUCAACAUGUCAAUAUUACCACCAUCAAAUUCUAGAUUGAUCAAUAAUGUUUGACAGUGACCAGUUUCACUGGCCAGUUAGCUUUAGCCUUGCGUUUUAAUGUAGCAAUUGUGUUAUGAUCCUUCUUUUUUUACUUAUCAGGAAGAAAACAAAAAGAAACAGCUUAAAGUAAAAAUCCAGAUGGCUAAGUUUUUACAAGACACAGUGGAAGAAAUGGCUGUGACAGCCAAAGAAAAGAAAACACAAGAGGUUGUGGCCGACUUUGCAAACUUCUUUGAAAAGGUGCAGGAAAAGGGGCAUGAAAAAAAAAUUGAAUUGUAUUUAUUACUAUAUGUAGAAUAGAUAAAUAUUUCUUACUGCAAAAACUCUCCCUUAUCACUUAAUGUGGUUUUAUGUUCUUUAGAAGCUGUUAAUUUUGAUAUUUUAGAAAAGUCAAUUUUUGAAGAAUUUGAAUGUGGUAAACAUACAUGUACCUAAUGUAACCAUGAAGGAAGAGAAAUUUGGCUAUCCUGUGACAGACUUAGUGAUAAAUCUUUAAAUAUUCAAGCAUUUUUUAUCCCUUCUUUAAAACUAACUAAAGGGUAAAUGCUUUCAAUAUGAGUACAUACAGUGAUUACCACUUAAAAUGUUUGCUAAGGUUUUUACAAAUUCAUCAGCCCCUUCACUUCUAAGACAACAGGCCAAAAGGGAAAUUCCCUAUUUUGUAUCAGAGUACAUUUUCAAUCUGGAAUGUGAUGAAAAGAACAAAGAAAAACAAUUGAGGGUUAAAUUGUUUAAUUUAGAAACCAACUUCUCAGAACAAUGAUUAUGAAAAAUGUAUGUCAGACAUUGCUGAGAAUUUUCAUGGUGAUCUUGGCACAGAAAGGGUCAGAGGAACAAGUACAUGUAUGUACUAGCCUCCUAGUUUCCCUCGCCUCAUUUACAUAAAUUUGCUUUAUAUUUGGAUGGCAGAUCCGUAGCAGAGGACAACAACCUAGCAAUGAAGACAUCUUAAGGUUUUCCAAAUUGUUUGAGGAUCAAAUUACAUUAGACAACAUGAGUCGUGCCCAACUCAAAGCAAUCAACAGGCUGUUGAUGUUGCCAACCAUUGGAACAAACAAUUACUUCAGGUUUCGACUGAGGAUGAAAUUAAGAGAGCUCAGAGCUGAUGAUUUGGUAGGUUGCUGUAGUUGUAAUUUUUAUGUACAUGUAAGAAUGAUAUUAUAAGGCUCAAAAAAAAAAAAAACAUGCCUCAAAAGAAACACAGAAAAGAAAUACCUAAGAAAAUAGAUGUACCAAUAAUAAAUAUUUUAAUACCUUAACCAGUUAUACCUCUCAAAAUUUAUCAUUUUUUUGCGUUACUGACAGUAGAUUUUAAUUUGUGAUCAUCAUUAUUUGUCAGAGUCAUUAUGAAUAUUAUAACCCUGAAGCGCUUAUGUCUGUCCAAGAGCUGGAGUUUAUUAGAGCAUGAGAUUAGCCAAUCAAAAAUCACUUCCUAACAUUGAGUUGUUUAACUUUAAUGAUUACUGAAAGCAUAAUAGGUCUGAGCUUCUGGUAAGAGUCGUUAUAAAUAUUCUAUAAUGAACUUACUGUUAGUGCAAACUUCAAUCAUUUUUCCUAGAAUAAUUGUACAUUUAAUCAAAACUGUAAACAACUUCUUGAAAGGAAUUGGUUAUUACCAGCCCUAUUUGAGCCCUAAUAGGACAUUGUAUGCAUCAUGCUAGUAAUUGGACAGUGUAAUUGGACAGUUAACACUCAUGCCUGUGUAAGUAGACACAUCAUGAGUGCGCGCUGUUGUCUUGCAUUUUGCCGAGUUAACUGUUGUUUUUUUAUGAAAAAGUAUGACUGAUGUCUAGUUUCUUUCUCAAAUUUAGUCAUAGUUUUGAUUAGUUGGUACCAGGACUUUGUGUUGUCCAAUUCUGUCUGUAAUCAUGCCUGUGAUUAACAAAUCAGACUCCCACUUAGCAUUAUUUUGUCAGAUUUUGUUAAUCACUUGUAUGAUUACGGACAGAAUUGGACUCUACUUGGUCCCAUUAUGGUAACCAUUAUUUAAAGUGUCUCACCCCAAGUGGUAUUAUUAUCGCAAUCCUCAGUUAAUCCAAAGAGAAGGUGUGGAAAGCCUUACUGAACAGGAACUGCAGUCAGCUUCCCAAGCUCGCGGAAUGAGAGCUAUUGGUGUUCCUGCAGCAAGAUUAAGGUCUCAACUUAAACAGGUGAAUUUUCAGAGGUUGUGAGGUACUUGCAAUGUAUCUUUGUCUUAUAAUAAGCUGGAUGAUACACUCAAUUUAAUUGGUUCUUGCUUGUGAUCUAUUAAAAGACAAAUCUGGACAGCUAUGGAUGAUCUCAGCAUCAAUAACAUGAUUGUGCUUCUUUAAUUUAUUUUACAUAAAACAAACAGAUUCUAUGUUGCCAUGCAUCUGGUCAGUAUUAGAUCACAGAGGACAUAAAAAAGUGGUUAGAACACCAGAGAUAUACUCGGUUGGACCAGUUGUGAGCCACUUUUUGUUCUUACCACUUUUUGACAUCAUCUGUGAUCUACCUACAUGUACAUGACUGUCUUCAUGUAUUACUGAAAGUUGCAGUCAUUGUCAAAGUUUCAUAAAUUAUUCAAUACUGAUGUAAAGAUGUUGUUCUUUGUACAUAGUGGGUUGAACUGCACCUGGUUGAGCAAAUUCCAGCAUCUCUUUUGCUGAUGUCCAGAGCAUUGUAUCUCCCAGAAAAUGUCAGUAAGGUCGAUCAGCUCAAAGAAACGUUGUCACAACUGCCAGAAAACUUGGUAAGCAUGUGUUCACUGUCUGAUGUUAGGAUAAAGACAACUUUAUUUCUUGGUAGGCCAAUUUGAGCAUAUCCCCAUAUCUAUAUAUGGGAGAAGCCUAUUAAAAAACUAUAUAAAAAUGUUAUGUGCUGCAGUUCUAAGAAUAACAGAGAAUUAAUGUUUUCACGGUUACAAUUUUUGACAGUUGUCAUGGAGAAAUGGGAAUAAAAUGGCAGGAUUUUACGGGGGGGAUCAUUCUAAGUUGACAUUGCCGCUGGCAUUUGUGCUUUCUUCUACAAUCCAUUUCUUUUAUUUUACAUCAAUUUUCUUUGCGUGUAUUUCAAUUUGAUUGUAAGUGGUAUGUAAUAUAAUAUAAUAUAUAGAUUUAGCCAAGCCUAAAAGCGGAGCUCACAUAUUUUUUUUUUCGCACGUCUCAAGGGCACAACGUCUUGCCCCGGCCAGGACUAGAACCCGGGUCGUCCGACUCUGAGUCCAGUGCACUGAUCACUGGACUACUGGACAAAGUCGUGGCAUUGGCGUGCCCGCGGUACAAUUGACCACGCAUGUUAAAAGUAGCACCUUGUAUGGUCGUACGGUCGAACAUCCAAAUUUUUUCGGCUUGAUGGGUUACUACUAUUUUGUAUAAUUAUGGGGCUACGCGAGCUCCGCUAUUAUUUACAGUUUGUAUUUACAUACUUUAGUUAAACCUCUCUCCCUUGAGGUUCAUGUUCAGUGUUUGGCUCUGCAUUCAGGAGGGUUCACUAUUUUAUGCCCUUUUCUCUUCUUUGUAAUUAUUCAAAAAGUUUGUAAUUGUUGAAAUGGAGUUAAAAAAUACAAAGUAUUUUUUUAUUAUUUACAAGACGGUGGAUUAAGAUUCGAAGGUUUAUAAUCACAUGCCAUGUAAUUGUGUAUGUGUGGUUUCCUUAACAUGAUACUCUCGUGGUUAAUAUUUUUAGAAUUUUGUUUUGUUUUUGUUUGUUUGAUCGUUUAUUUGUGUGUUUGUUUGUUUGCUCUUUAUUUUGGCCAGUAUAAAAGCUUCCUUUUGAAUUACUUUAUGUUCAGGUAGAAGAGGCUGAAAUUAAAAUAUGCGAAGUUUCUGGUGAGAAAGUUGACAACAAAGUUCGUUUGGAUGUUCUGAAGAAUGAGGAGAGAAUGAUUGCUGAGGAAAAUCUAGAACUUAUUAUAGAAGAAGAGGAGAAAAAGAAGAAGGUAUUUACUGUAAUGUAAAGGAUACAUAUAUUUAACACUUCCAUUUCCAAGAUCCUCCCUACUGUCUGCCGUUCAAUUCUUAUGAUGUUAGUUCAGAGAAUUUGGUAUUGAAUCGAGUAAUAAUCCCAUAAUCGAUAUUUUGUUAUUCUCGUCACUUGUGUGCUUGAUAUUGAAUUGUUAUCAUCCAACUGCACAAAGAUAAUUACAAAUAACGCGCGAAUAGAGUGAAAAUUCCCGCGAUAUUGUACGGUUAUUUGGACAGUUGGUUAUUUUGUACAAUAAGAAAACCUGUUUAACCAGUCGGCUGCGCGCGCUACGCUUCUCUAUCCGCUUUGCUUUUACCGCCUUCUGAGAAAUGAGCAGAAAGACGUAGCAGAAAAAAAAGAAAUUGGAUAAUAAAUAACUUUUUAGACGUUUUGGUGCGUAGAAUCGCUUAGUAUUUUUACUCGUUGUUUGUAUUUUGACUCGCCUUGCGGGCUCGUCUAAAUACGGCACAACUCUUAAAAAUACUCAGCGAUACUACACGCCAAAACGUCUAAUAAGACAUCUAUACUGUAAAGAGAAACGCUGUUGUUCGUAUUUCGACUUACUUUUCGGGCUCGUCAAAAUACGGCACAACUCGUAAAAAUACUCAGCGAUACUACACACCAAAUCGUUUCAUAAGGUAUUUAUAUUGUAAGGAGAAACGCUGUCUAGUUUACUUUUGGGACUUAAAGGCUAGGGGACCUCUUCCAUCAGGAAGAAUGUUGACAAAAUCUUGAGAAAAAGCAAUAAUUAUCAAGACAAUGGUUUAUGUUAUGUAUUGAAGCCAAAGGCUCAGACAGAUAAUGCAAACCAAGACCUAAAAUUUAGAAUUCCCGCUAUAAAGGAAAACUGAUAUCAAUUGGUGUUUCAUUAUGCAUGCUUGAGUGGCUCUUUGUCUUAAGGAACACUGUAUGACGUUACCUUUACAAGGGUAAUGGUGUUUUUUGUUGAUUUUAAGUUACAAAGUAGACGAAGCCCUAUACUGAAGCACCCUCGCUGACUCGAACUAAAAUCUAGAUGUCCGUCAUACAUUUCCUGCAAGUUAACCCUCGGUAACUGAAAACCCUUGAUAAUUCGAACCUCUCGCUAACUCGAAGCAAUUUUCGUCUACCUUUGGGUCAUUCUCUAUAUUUUUCUGCCCUCGAUAACUCGAACCACGUCGAACCAAUUCGAACCACGUCUGUCAAUGCGUGACAAAUCACUCAAAACAACUAGUGCACUACAGUCCAAAACAAUUACGCUACUUUAUGGUUUCUGCAGUUAUUUAGUGUUCCAUUUCACUCAACUUCUGUAUGCUUAAAUCUGAUUAAUGUAUACUGUAUGAAUAGAAAAAAAAAGUGAACAUCGUUUUCCCUUAUUUCCAGUCCUUUGUUUUCAACUCUCGAUCGUACCUUUUUCAAUUUUCUCUUGAAGGUUUGAGUCAUCAGGAUUCGGCCGAGAUCAAAUGUUCUGUUUCUGGACCAAACUAACAAUCGACGGUUCAUAUUUAUUGAUCUUGACCGAUACUGGUGAUAAAAUCCACCAAUUUGGGUGGAGGUUACACCCUCAGAAAGUGCUUUAUCACAGGUUUAUUCACUUCUCAAAGUGUUUCUUCAUUUUCAUUCUUUUUUGUGCAAUAGAUCGAAAGUGUUGUUUCUGAGAUGUUAGAGGUAAGUACAAUUUUGUGUUUGCGAGAUAAUUGAGUAACCCAUGGGGUUUUUACGAAUAAUACCAUUAGCUUGUCUACCUCUAGCUGGUGUUCUCAAUGAUAAUAACGUAAUUGAGAUAAGGGUAAUAAUAUUGUUCACUAAAAUACCGUUUGUGAUGGUGAUAGAGAUAAAAAUGUUAACAAUAACAACAACAGUGAUAAUAAAAUUAACCCUUUACUCCCCAACAUCAAUGUGCAUAUUCUCCAUACUACUCCCAAGACAUUUCUUAGGAUUCUUACAAGGAGAAUUUGUUCAACAAUCAAGAGAUUCUUUUGUUGGUGAUCAUCUCCUUUAUUCUCAUGACCUUAAUGUGUGAUUCAGGGGUGAUGUUGUAAGGAGAUGUUAGAUGUUAGUCACUCUUAGGGGUUAUAGGGUUAAUGAUUAUAGUGAUAGAGCAAUUUUCAAUUGAGCGUCGAAAGUGAUCCGGGAUUGCCUAGGUUCUGCUUUUACUUUACUCUGUGAUUGAUCCACAAAACUCGUGCCACUUUCUCAACCAAUCAAAACUAAACCGCAUCAUGAGCUGGUCGCGCGCGUUUUCCCGCCCUUUGAGCAGUUUGAUUGGAUUUAGUUUGAGUUCUCAUUGGCUCUCAAAGGUAAAUUCUUUUCUUCUGAUUUUCUGUUAUGAUUACUUUGCUUUUGGCUUUACGACACUUAAUCGAAAAGCGCUCUAUUAAUAAUAAUGGUUAUAAUGAUUACCAUGAUGACGAAAAUGGUAUGUUCCUCUUAAGAGCUCAUAUCACCGAAACGCGGUUGUUUUAGUUUUUCACGAUAUUGUUUUAGAGAGAGAAGCCAGAUUUUUAAACAAAUGACAGGGUAGUAAAUCCAAACCAAAUCAAAAACGGAUAAGUUUUUUUACUUUUGAAAAUUUUGUUGGAAAAUGUGGAACAACAGCAGAGGAGGUGCACUGAUGAAUACUGAUAAUAAAUUCACCUGAUUGGCGGGCUGGUCAACUCCAAGUCUAAAAAAACUGCGCAUUAAAACACUUAGAAUCGCCGCUACCAGAUAGGCAAAGGAAACUCAAACAUUUAAUUUAUGAAUUUGGUGAAUCGACAGGACAAGGCGCCAGAAAUCAAACCGAUGCCUGAAGAGGAUAUUUCUCAAGACGAUUGGCUGUCUAUCAAAGCAAGUCUUGCUCGGGCCAAUGAACGAGAGGAAUUAGAGAAGAUCAAGGAAGACAGAGAAGAAUAUCAAGAGGUACAUUAUGCACACUCAACUUUCUUUUAGUCGACUUAGUUGUUUAAGAGGGUAGUAUGGUAUUCUCAACUGAGUUGAUAACGUAAAUUGGCCACCGUAUAGAGUUGCAAAGCUGAUGUUUCGAGCGGUAGCCCCUCGUCAUUCGCUCUGACGAAGGGCUAACGCUCGAAACGUCAGCUUUAAAACUCUUUACGGUGGCCAAUUUACGUUAUCAACUCAAUUAAUAAUACUAAAUUUCCUUGUUAUACUCUCCCACCGACGCAGCACCAUAGUUUCUUUAGAAACUUAUCCCCUUUAUUUAUGACUUGUUAAAGAAAUUAGUUCAUUUAGAGACUUGAACUUGGGACUGAUUUAAGUCCGUAAUUUUGUACCGGAACAAUUUUCUAUCCGUUACAAACAUAGGCCGAAUCAUUGUUUUGCGCACUUUCUACCAAAACAAAUUGUAACGUUGCUAAGAAACUAGAGUAGCCUCGCCGCAGGAAUUCAGUGAACACGUGAGGUGAUUGACUAGCCAGGUCGCCGUGCAUCUGUUUAGUAAUCGAUCACAGAGGACGGAGGACGACAAAUUGUGGUAAGAACAAAAAUGUAACACACGAGGCACAGCCGAGUGUAUCACUGAUAUGCUCUUACCAUAUUUUGACGCUAUCUUUGAUCUAUCACUGUACAGAAGCACGGCAACAUGGAAUCUAUUUGUUUUAGAUUAUAAGGGAACAAAAUGUUGACGUCACGUAUGUGUCUGUUCUCUAGUACAUUAUAAGGGAAAACCAUUCAAACUUCGUGUGCUAUUCAGCUCAAAAUAAUAAAAGUGAACAGGUUGUGGGACACACCUCUAGUGUAAUUCUUUUUUGCAGCAUGAAUUGAAAUGUGUAUUUUUUCCCGGUUUUGCCUGUUCCUUAGGAACUCCGUGAGCUGGAGACUGAAGAUGAAAAGCGAGUACUUGAAGAAUCACUUGGUUCAUCACGACUCGGUAGGAAGGUGGAUGUGAUGAUUAAAAAGAUUGAAGACCGUUUGAAGCAAGUUGAAGAUGAAAUGGAACAACCACUUGAUGCUGAUGGGUGAGUUUGCUGGAGACUAAAAAUACUGUCCAAAGAUAUCUACCGACCUGUCCAUCAGUCGAUAUAAAUCAAUAUCAACUAACUCAUCAAUUGUCUGGUUUUAUCAACUAAAUUGUUCAUGUAAAAAAAAGGGAGGGUAUAGAAAAUUGAUUGUUAAUGAGGGGGGAUCGCUAGAAUACUGCAGAGCCGUAGAGGGACAUCAGGUAAAUUUACUGUGACACAACGAAAAUCCACUGACCGACCCCUCCCCCCGCGAUAGAUAAUAUCAAGUCGUCCCUUACUUCCCUUUAUCAACUCAUCGACUAGUUUGGGGACUUCAUUGCACUUGGAUUAUGGAAAAGCUGAUGGCUGAAAAAAGUAUAAAUAUUGUUUCAAUUGAGCGCCGAGAUUCAACCGAAAUUGCAAUAAAUCUGCAUUGCUAAGUGCUGUCAUCGAGUCUCCAGUUUCGAGUUUCUAUGAGAACACUCGAAGAAUUACUUAUUAGUGCGUUGUGAUAUUUAACAUUCUGUUCUGAUUGGCUGCAUGGUUGGCUUGGCUCUUGGUUUUUAGCCACGCAGUUGAAAAAUUCUUCCAUUUACUGUGGCAUGAAUCUUUUUUCCUUUUUUUUCUUCAGCGAUGGGAAAAUUAGUUUACAAGAGAUGAUCUCGGCUGUACAGAGAUUGAAGGACGCUCCAAGUGAAGCUAAAUGUCAGAGAAUAGCCGAAAUGCUCGACGAAGAUCAUGACGGCGCCCUUGACUUAGUGGACGUGGGCACGGUCAGUAAGAAUUGUUGAAAUGAGAUGUGUACAUGAUUAUAGAUAACCAAUUGAGAGGAGAAGGGACUGGCCAGAAGUGACGUUAACCUGCGUAGUUUGCGUAUUUGUGUGCGCUAAAGCGGGUAGCAGCGAAGCCGCGAGAGCCUUGGAACGGAAGAUAGUUUUGCUUUGCCGCUGGCCGCUUAGCGCACACAAAACCGCAAUGCGCGCGCGAAACCGCCUGUCAGGAAAGAUAUAAGUGAAGGGUCAUAGCAUGUGGGUUAUAAUUUGAGGUUUCGUUCUGCGUGGGUUGUUUAUUCAUUCAUUUAUUUAUUUAUUUAUUUUUACACCAUUGGAGUUAUAACGAUGACUGUUAAGGUGCUAGUCUUGAAUAAAGUAUUGAUCAAAGAAAGAACCAAUCUUGCCAACCUCUCUUUCGCUAGGUCAUUUGGCGCGAGAUUAUGCUCGGAAAUUGGUUGCGAUCAAAAUCUGUUCUGGUUAGCAAAGAUUUUUAUAAGGCCGAGGCUCGAGGAAAACUGUGAGCUGCGGGUAAAGGAUGAAUAAAUGGCAAGUGACAAAAUGUGGAGACAUAUAACUAGCUUACCAUAAAAUGCGUUGGCUGGGCAGAGUUCUUUGGCCCGUUUUCAUAAAGAGACAAGUUGGUCACGUCCUCUUCUAGACGUCUUGAAUUUAAUUUGAUUCAAAUCUUUUUUAUGGUAUCAGACAAAAAGUUUUUAUCUUUGUAAAACUCACUCCUAGUUUUAGCUGUGGCCCAUUCGGUAUUGUGGUGGGUCUAGACCCUCUAAGCGAAAAGUUUCUCUGGUUUUUGAUACUUUUCCUGUGCGUGAACUUUACUUUGAUUUUUUAUCCAAGUAACCGGCGUGCUGUCAUGCUCUUUGCGCAGGUUGCUGAACUGUUGUCCCUGGAAGAUGUGGAUCUUACUCCGGAUCAAAUCAAAGAUAUUAUCGUUUUACUUGAGAAAGAAAACAAGCUGCGCAAAGCAGAGGAUGAGGAGCAGUCACAAAAAGUCACAGAGAGAGCUGAUUAACAAAGUUCGCUCCUUUACUAACUCGAUACUCUUGCAAUUUUUAGUUCUUCUAGUUGUUUUGAUUUGUGGCAUUUUUGAAAGCAUAAACGUGAAGGGUCAUACUCAUUUGUACAUUCAAGUAUUCAUUUUAAAGUUGUUCGCUUAUCUGUAUUAGUAAUCUGACCUUGGUCAUACGAUGUAGAAUCAGUAGCAUGUUUGCCAUUGUAUUCAAGGUUCAAAGUAUGAAAUUGUAAAGGUAAACGCUCGACGAAAUACAGGUAUGUACCAAAACCGACAUUGCAACCAGAUGCUGAAUGUAUUGAAAUUUUUUAAUAUGGAAAAAAGGGAUCCAGUUCGGACACGGAGAAGCAUUUUAAUCGACCUAACUCGUAUUAUCGGAGGAAUGACAGUCUGAAAGUGUUUAUACCUAAGAUAUUUGUUUGAUUCCCGGUAUAAAAUAAACCCCAAGUCAUAGACUGUCUAUUGUUUUCAACCAUGAAGUCGUAUUUUCUCGGCUGAAACAGCACACAGUCAAAUGUAAUUUUCUUAAGAUUAGCAAAGAAAGGGUGGUUACGUAGGUGUUGGUGAGGAUUUCCAGAACAGAUUGGCGUUCGUUGUAUCUUGUGUUUCAAUCUGGAGAGAGAUCUCUACACUUGUGAGUCGCUUUUAUAACCCUUUGACUCCCAGAAGUGAUUCACAUGAAACUUCUUCCUUCAAAUAUCCAUACGUGAUCAAUCGAAAAGGUAAUAGGAAUACUCAGACUUAUCAGGUAGAAAUUGUUUCUCUUGAUCUAACACCAAAUUCUUGUAACUAAUUUACAAAGAAAUGUAAAAGAAACUAGAGGGGAGAAUUAACAAUCAGAUCAUGGGAGUUAAAGGGUCAAGGUUAACUCUGAUUUUGGAGAAAUUUGUAAUUUAAGAUUAUUUUGAGGUUUUACCAAAUGACUGUAUAUCAUCAUGUAUCCACUCUAUCUCCGAUUGAGAAAGUCGAGUGGCAAAAACAUUUUAGCGUAAUUAAUGAAAUAGCUAUGAAAGAAUACAAUAAAAAUGAGGAAUUAAUGCCUG